AUGGCCACGAACGGCACGUCCAAGCUGGACUGGACCAAGUUCUACAACAUCAUCGACGGUAAGCUCGAGUCGACAAGCAAGACGAGGAACAGCCCGAACCCAUCUACCCUCGAGGCCAACCCCGAGGUUCCUCUCUCAACACCCGAAGACGUCGAUAGAGCCGUGCAGGCCGCCAAGAGGGCUCAAGAUGCCUGGUCCGAGACACCGUACGAGGAGCGCCAACAGGCCCUCCUCAAGCUCGGUGAAGCUCUCGAGGCGCACGCUGAUGAGUUUGCGCUGAUGCUCACCAAGGAGCAAGGCAAGCCUCUUCCUUUCGCACAGUUCGAGAUCGGCGAGGCCGUCAAGCACUUCAAGGGAAUGACCAACCUUCCUUUCCCCGAAGAGGUUGUCGACAACAACCCCGAUCGCCGCGUUCUCACGAGAUACGUCCCCUUGGGCGUCGCCGUCGGCAUCGUUCCCUGGAACUCUUGCGGCAAGAUUGCCCCUGCCCUCGUCACCGGCAAUGCCUUUAUUCUGAAGCCUUCUCCUUUCACACCCUACUGUGACCUGAAGCUUGUCGAGCUGGCGCAGCAGUUCUUCCCGCCCGGCAUCUUCCAGGCCCUCAGUGGUGAUGACAACCUCGGGCCCUGGUUGACCUCCCACCCUGGCGUGGACAAGGUCAGCUUUACUGGUUCGACGGCAACCGGCAAGCGUGUGAUGGAGAGCUGCAGCAAGACCCUGAAGCGCGUCACUCUGGAGCUUGGUGGAAACGAUGCUGCUAUCGUCCUUCCUGAUGUCGAUGUCAAGGCUGUCGCGCCCAAGAUUGCCAUGCUGGCUCUGUACAACUCUGGCCAGGUCUGCAUCGCCAUCAAGCGCAUCUACAUCCACGAGGCGAUCUACGACGAGCUUGUCGCCGAGAUUGCCACCGCUAUCAAGAAUCUACCCGUCGGUGAUGGACAGCAGGAGGGCACAAUGCUCGGCCCCGUUCAAAACCAGAUGCAGUUUGAGCGCGUCAAGGAGCUCCUCAAAGACAUUGAGGAGACGAAGCUCAAGGUGGCCGCGGGAUCCACCGCGCCCGCUUCCAACGGCAAGGGCUACUUCAUCACGCCCACAAUGAUUGACAACCCGCCCGAUAACUCGAGGAUUGUCGUCGAGGAACCUUUCGGUCCCGUCUUCCCCGUCCUCAAGUGGAGCGACGAGAAGGAGGUUAUUCACCGCGCCAAUGACACCCUCAUGGGUCUCGGCGCUUCGGUCUGGUCGAAGGACGUUGAGAAGGCACAGAGCGUCGCCAAGAAGCUUAAGGCCGGCAACGUCUGGAUCAACACCCACUUGGAGCUGCAGUACGAUGCGCCAUUUGGCGGUCACAAGCAGAGCGGUAUCGGAUACGAGUACGGCGCUGGCGGUCUGAAGGCGUACUGCAACGUGCAGUCCAUGUUCAUCACAAAGGCAUGA